AUGGGAAGAGCUCCUUGUUGUUCAAAAGUUGGGUUGCAUCGAGGUCCGUGGACUUCUCGGGAAGAUGCAUUGCUCACCAAAUAUAUUCAAGCUCAUGGAGAAGGCCAAUGGCGAUCACUUCCAAAAAGCGCUGGGCUUCUGAGAUGCGGAAAAAGUUGCAGACUUCGAUGGAUGAACUAUCUGAGGCCAGAUAUAAAGAGAGGAAACAUAACUCCUGAAGAAGAUGAUCUUAUUAUAAGAAUGCAUUCGCUUCUUGGUAAUAGAUGGUCUCUUAUUGCCGGAAGAUUACCAGGAAGAACAGAUAAUGAGAUAAAGAAUUACUGGAACACGCAUCUCAUUAAAAAGCUCAAAAAUCAAGAACAACCAGAGCAGGAGAAGAAGAAGAAGAAAAAGAAACAGAAGAACGAAAAGAACAAAAUCAAAACGAAAGUAUCAAAAGAUUCAGAGAAGAAGACCUUAGUUUAUCUACCAAAGGCCAUGAGGGUCAAGAAGAGUUUAUCAUAUGUAAUACCAAGAACUGAUAAUACCAUAAACAUGGAACCAAACUCAGUAACAACAAGCCAAAAGGAAGAAGAGCAGAGAGUAGAAACAAAAGAGGGAGAAAAUGAUGGGUUUGGAUUGUUCUUUGGUGAACAGUGCCAUGAAGAUUUGGUCAACAACAAUGACAUGGAAUGCCAAACUGGUUUUCUUGAGAAGUUGUAUGAAGAGUACUUGCAGCUAUUGAAGAAUGAAGAAAAUCAUGAAAAAUUAUUAGAUUCUUUUGCUGAGUCUUUAUUGGUGUGA